AUGCUGAAUAUUUUCCAUUAUUUUCAGUCAAUAUGCUAUAAGGAGAACAGCUCAGAUAGUUCAUACAAUGUAUCCCAUAGAACAGCGCUUGCAGAAUCAGAUGUCUUGAAGGAACAGAAAUAUGCCGAAUUCAAGAACAAAAUCGAAGAUUUCUUACAACAAAAUGAUGAUACUUCCGGAGAAACACUAAAUGCACUAGUCAAUGAUGACGAAUUCACGGAAAAUCUUAAUCAUUUUAUACACAGGUACGCCUCCGAAGCAAUGCUUCUUCGAUCCAGACAAGAAAAGGGAUUCCAAAAGGAUUUUGGUUCAUACAGCAGUAGUAGUAAAUAUGAGGAAAGAACUGACCAAUUCGACAGUUAUGAUAGUUCCCAAGAUUCUUUAUAUGAAUUAAAGCGGGAAAACAGUCGCACAACAAAACCAGUUAAUAAUGCAGUAAACCGUAAUGAAUUGAAUAGCCAACAAUCAGUUGAUGAACAAGAAUACAAUAUCCCCAUUCAAAUAUCACAAAAUCCAGAUCGCACUAAAUUUAUUCAGUCUUUAAUCUAUGAUUCUGAAAGCAGGAAAAAAAAAAAAUCAUGGAUACACGGAAUACUUCAUAAACUUCAUUCGAAAUUCGAAUCAGAAGUGGAAAGAUUCCUGAGGAUUGUGUCAGGCCGUAUAAGAAUUUAUAAAGGUAAAGGGUUCUCAGGAUAUUUCAGGUACUUACGCAGUAAAUAUAGAGUAUUCAAUCCACUCAUAACAAGUGUAGGUUUAAGUAUUCUUGCAAUAUGUAUUGGAUCCAUUCUGAAUUUGAAAUUCUUGACAGGAUUUGGAUUCAUUCUUGCUGUCUUUACCUUCUAUAUGAUCCUAUAUUAUAUCUUUGUAGUAUUAGAGCUCAAAUAA